AACAAACUGACCUACCAUUCCCUCUCUGUAUAAAUACUAAACUCUCUCUUUCUCUCUUCUCCCCGCUCCUUCGCUCGUGCUCUAGGGUUUCUCGCCGCCGCGUCCAACCAUGCCGUCGCACAAGACGUUUAGGAUCAAGAUGAAGCUCGCGAAGAAGAUGCGCCAAAAUCGCCCAAUCCCCCACUGGAUCCGCAUGAGAACCGAUAACACCAUCAGGUACAACGCCAAGCGCAGGCACUGGCGCCGCACAAAGCUAGGCUUUUGAGGACUCGCUCGGGAACGGUUUCUUUAAUCUCUUGUAGAACUUACUCCUCUGUUAGCUUGUUUUGGGGUUUUGAAGACAUCUGAAUGAGAAAGAUUUGCUAUUUAUGGGAUCUGAAGCGUUAAAAUUUGCCUCUGUGUUAGUGUUUCUCACCGUGCAAUUUUGUCGACUAAUGUUGCUGCUGUCAAAUUGGUGUGCAUCAGUUUUGAGUCCUGAAAUUAUGACAGUCCGUUAGUCUAAUUCAAAAAAUAAUGAUGUCUGAUCCUUGCUUGUAUUCUUAAACCCUUUGGAAAUCUUCGGCAGUAAACCGUGCCAUUUGUUGCUGAAGUUAUUGAAAAAUUGCGGUUAGUUUUUGAAUAGUCAGUCGACUUCGGAGUGUUUCAUGCACUGUUUCAUUCUCUCCAUUUGAAAUUUGCUUAGGAUCUUUGAAACAUUACACAAUAUACUCUUAUUAGUCUCUCUCAUCUGCUAAAGCUGCUGGAGUUUAAGCUGUUGAUGGAUUAGAUGUAGAAGUGUUGUGUUGUGAGUCAGAGACUGAUGCGUUCGCAGCAGAGUUCGAUGUAUUGUGUGUUGUUGUUGUUGGUGAGAAAUAUGUCGCAUUCGUUAUAUCUGAGUAAAAUUUACUUGGUGAAUGAUGAUCAGAUUGGAUAAACUUAUUUAUUUGUUAAUAUUAAAGAUCAAUUUUGUCGA